CCACUACAAUCCUCGCUACAAUCUUGUUCCCCUUUCGCUGCAAAUCCUGCCCACAAUGAAUCAAAUACACAUCGAGAAACUACACAAUCUGGUGGCGGUCUCGCCCCAGCUACAUAGCCCGCGGCCAAUGUCGCCCGCGCUCCCCUCGCCCUUGCAAAACGCCCGCCAUGCGACACCUACGCUUGACGACGUGCUCCAGCAGCAGUUCGAGAGCACGUUUGUGCCGCCACCAUACAACAUGGCCACCUUUGCGGAGUUUCUCGCGCGCACCCACCAGCUCGAGAACUUGGAGUUUGUGCUUGAGACGAUCAAGUAUGUGAAUGUAACCGAGACAGGGGUGAAGGUGGAUGCAUGGAUGCACUUGUACCGCAACUUUCUCGCGGAGGACUCGGUCAAAGAGGUGAACCUCCCGCACGCGGUUAAGGAUAAGCUUCUGCGCUACAAUGGGCACAUACAGAGCGCGGAGUACGGGCUUUGCGACGAUGCGGUGAUUGUGGACGCGCACAAGAUCGUCAAGGUGCUCUUGGCAGAUGCGUACGUUGAGUUUGCGCAGACCGUGCGACGCUCGCAGCUGAUCCUGGGCGUCAGGCCCGUGGCUGGCGACUAUCAGUUUGGGCAGGCUACCAAACCCAGACGUGCGUCCGAGUACGAGUCACCGCUCCAGGAAGCGCCACACCGGGCCAUUACUCUGCCCCUUUCGCCUGCCCACCCGACCUCUAACCCACUCUCUGUCCAGAUCGACGAGGAGGCGGUCAUCGACGAGGAGGACUACUUCAAGCAGCCGUCACGUAACGGGUCCAACAGUAGCGGCCGUACGUUAGUCUCGGAAGCCGAGUCUCGCGAUAGCCGCCAGAGCUCCGUCGAGCGUGAUGUACGCAAGAGUAAUACCCGCAAGAACUCAAAUGACAUGCUCUGGGGGAUGAAGAAGGUCGGACGCAAGUUGAUAUACUCAAAGUGGCGCCGCACCAGUAGCACCUCCUCCGCCUCUGGCGUGGAUCUGAAGACCCCGCCACCUAACUAAUGAUAGAUUUUUAAUGAAUAAUGAACCGGAA